GAUGCACCGGACACUUGAACGCAGAGACCGUAUAGUUCUUGACUCGUUGCUUGGUCAAAGCGCUCAAUCACAUUUGUCCGCCGAGUAGAACGCGCGUGCAGAGGAGUUUGGUCCGCGUAAGGUGAUUGUAGCCCAGAGAGUCAUUGAUCCACAAGAGCCAAAAAAAUGUCGCUGAUCGAGCGAUUGACGGAGAAGGUGAACGCCGUGGAGCCACUGAUGAUCGGUGACAGCCAGCUGACGUUUGACAGUGGUGAGGAUCUGGACGAGUACCAGCUAGCCAAAGCAGAGCGGGAGCUCCGAGAGACGCCCGAAGUCGUACAGGAGGCGUUCAAGGUCCUCUGUGAUCUGCUUGGAGAAGAAGAUGACUUGUACGUGCCGUUGGAGAUGGAGUUUUUGCAAAAGUUCCUACGCCGGUGCAAGUGGUAUCCGAAAAGCGCUUUCAAACUGAUCAAGCGCUUCUACGAGUACCAGCAAAACCAUCCGGAAUACUUUGAGAACCUCGUACCAACCAAGGAACGGUCGUGCCUACUGUCUGGUUGUAUACUGCCCCUACCACGGCGUACGGCCGAGGGUUGUCGGAUCGUCGUCAUCGAGGCGGGUGCCACCUGGAAUCCCAAAGAAGUCACACUCAAUCAGCUCUUUCGCGGUGUUAUUGUAUGCCUCGAAGUCGCCAUAGCAGAGCCGAUAUCGCAGGUUUCUGGGGUUCGAGUGAUCAUCGACAUGAAAGGCUUGAGCUUGAGCCAAGUCACUUAUUUCUCGCCAAAAUUCGCUUCUGCAAUCGUCGAUUUCGUCCAGCGGAGCUUGCCCUGUCGACUAAAGGGCGUUCACAUUAUUAAUCAGUCGUUCGUGUUCGACAUGGUGUUUGCGUUUUUUAAGCCAUUUCUGAAGGGGAAACUUCGUGAUAGAAUAUACUUUCACGGCAAUGACCGAUCGUCGAUACUGGCUUAUUUUGAUGCGAAAUGUUUACCAAAGAAAUAUGGUGGUGAAUAUGAUUCUGAGACUACGAACGUUGGCGAGAAACUUUACAAGUUCUCCAGUUCAUUUGACGAUUACUUUGCUGAAAUCAGAAAGUAUGGAUAUACAAAAAAUACGUAAGUAAAAUGUAAGCUAAAAUACAUUUUUCAGGGAACUGUAAAAUUUUCUGUAAAUUAUACGUAAAAAGCGAGUAAAAAUUUUAAUAGGUUUAUCACCAAAUAAUAUUGAUAA